AUGUCUUCGCGCGGUCUUCCCGACGUCUUGAUGCAAAAGGUCGACGAUUAUGUCGAUUCGCUGGCGCCCCAGAUCCAGCCCCGCAUCGCCUCCGAACUUGAAGUCUUCCAACAAAAGACUAUCGACAGCCUGGAAACCCAGGUCGUAGACGCUUUUCGUUCACUGUUCGGUAAAGACAGGCCGUCUUCGUCGGAUGGCAGCCGAUCGGGCCCUUGGAAUCUCAAUGACGCAGCACCCGACGCCUAUGGUGGACAGUCAUUGCCUUUUGCGGAUGAAAUCGCCAAGUUGACGCGUAGCUUCGGUCAGAUUUCUGAUGAAGCGGGCGGGGAUUUGCGCGAUAUAUUCGAUCUUACGGAGGGGAACCGAGGAGGCCCAGAGCAGUCUCGAUCCGUAGACGGGGAUUUCUCGUCUGGAGCUCGAGGUUUCCUUUCAUCGGCUCUGAAUGUCGUGCAAGAUCAUUUCGACGAAAGAGGGUCAAAGGGUGGUCAGUCCUUUGAGAUUGGGGGUCUCCUCGGCAUGAUCAGUAGCACAAUCAAGGACGCAUCUCAGAACCCCGAGGAGAAGGCGAGACUUAUCAGCCCAGAGAUCAAGCAGACAGUUGGUGACAAGUUACGUCAACAGCACGCGCCUCUCGCUGAGCAGUUUACCCGCAUAGCCCUGGAACACAUCAAGCGCUGGCUUCGUGGAAACACAAGCACGCGUGACUUGGGUGAUGGUGCGAAAGCCGAAAUUGCCGAACAGGUGGGCGACCUGGUAAAGGGCCUUGGAAAUUUGUUCGGGAGCAAAAAGAGCAGCAAUGAGGAGACUUCGAGAGGCUUUGAUGACUCUAGUCGUGAUGGCGAGAGCAGUAGUGGUGGAGGCUUCUCCCGCGUCAUCAGUGACAAGCUCAGCACGGGUCUCGCCAAAGUCCACCGAGAAGUUCGCUUGGAGUUCCGCAAGAUCCUCGGAGCAAUCGAGAAACAACUAUUCGAAUUGUUACCUGAUCAAUUCCAACGUCCGCUCGAGAAGAUACUAGGUGGAAAUCCUUUCGAUUCACAGCUCGACCGCGAUGCGUCCGGUCCAGCAGAUCGCGGAUUUGGAGAUGACAUCAAGUCCAAAUUGCUCUCCAAGAUCCGUGCUUUGGUACAAAAGGUACAAGAGACACUUCGAGAAAGCAUACUGGGUGUAGUCAAUGGUGGUCAUCGCAAGUUUGAGCGUCAGAGCUGGGUCUUCGUGCAGGGCAUGGUAGAACAGAAAGUACAAAGGUACCUGCCUGACGUUAAGAUCAACGUUCCAGACGACAUCGGAAACGAGAACAACAUGUGCCGCAGGGAUACAACAACCCCCCACAGUACCAGAGCCAUGACCAAUACCGAGAGGAGCCUAGACGCGAGUACCAAGAUCACCAGGCGUCACAAUACCCACCACCGCCUCAAGACUAUCGACCCGAGCAUCACGGGCCACCUCAUGAAGGCUACGCUCCUCAGCAAUAUCAACCGCCUCAACAUCACCGCCCUGAAUCAUAUCCAUCUCAGGACUACCGAUAUGAGCACCAUGCCCCACCUACACAGGGUUACCAUCAAGGACCUCCAGACUAUCGUUCGGAGCAGUACCCACCAUCCCAACAAGGCUACCCUCAACAAGAGUAUUCUCAGCGUGACUACCGCGGUGACGGGUAUCGGAGGCAGGACUAUUAAAAGAGUCGCGUAG